CCCGCUUCAAUCACGACAGGCAACAGCGCUUCAUGAUGACACAAAGACUCAGCAGGGGGAAAAACACGCAAAAGUUUCAAUGUUACUUUGUGAUGCUUGGAAUGAAACUAAAAAAAGGCAGACUUUAUGGUCGCUUUAAAAAGAAAAAAAAACAGGCAUAUAAAACACGUAAUUGUUAAGCAGCAAUGACAAGACCAGAGUGGAUCUCCUGAAGGAUGCGGAUGUGUUUGCCCUCACCUUUAAUUGCACUAUUGCUCGAUUCACACACAAACCAAGCCUCUCAAGAAUUACACAUUUUUACGUGUCGGCAACGUGACCAAGACAAGGGUGUGAAGAGAAGGUGCCCUCUGCUGCAUCAGGUGUUGAAGGCGGUCCAAUGAGCUGCUUGCCUUGCACAGCGGCGACCUGGGGAGAGGUCACGGCCAUUCUCGGGACGGUUGAGAUCCUGGUGGGCAUGUUCAACAUCGGACUUGGGCCGGGAAGGGUGUGGCAUGAACCUUUGGAUCUGGCCAGUCUGGGAGCAGCUUAUUGGCUGGGCGCUGUGGUGAGGUCAUUACGUUCGCUUUGUCCAGGCUUGCCUGAAGCAACAUUUGAAAUGAAUUUUCUGCAGUUUGUCAUAGCAGGAAUCCUGUCUGUCUUGGCGGGGCAGUGCCCCUCCCACUGCCUGGUGGGCUUUGCCGUGUUCAUUAACAUCAUCAGCGCCAUCCUGGCCAUUGUGGGCAUUGUGCUGUACGGCGUUGACACGGGAAAGCUUUCCCGACACUUUUUCUGCAAAUUCGGAACGUACACUUGUGGAGAUGGAGACAAUUUUGCAACGAGGUUGAUGAGAAGCAUGGACGUCAUGCUGAUCAUCCUGGCUUCUCUCCAGCUGUGUGUCAGCAUCAGCAUGAUCGUUCUGGCCGUCAAGGCUUUGGUGGUUGGGAAGAGAAACAAGCUUGAGGAAGAUGUUGAAGAAUUCCCUCCAGGAGUCAAUCCAGGACUGAAGGCCUUCCUCGUGGACAGUCUCGGUCCAGAAGACAAACAGUAGAAUAUCAAUCCAAAAACCACAACUCCUACCAUUGAGAGAGAAUUAAGUCGAAGGUGGCGCACAAUGAAUAGCGUUCCUGCAAGGCGGUCGCAUCCUUCCGAUGCCUCGUGAUGUUUGUCUGCGUUCCUGAGGUCACCUGACGGGCGACGGCCUCAAUGCAGGGCUGUGUGGCAAAUGGUCUCCAUGCAAAAGUCACCAUUCAUUCAUUCAUUUAUUCGCUCUGAUGGAAAGCAUCACUUCACCUAUUUGCUGCAGGUAGCGCUAGCCGUCAUUCUUCCACACCAAACUCCUCCGAGCAUGCCUGUAUGGACCUUGCUUUGCCCACCGGGGACAGGAAAGGUACUCCCACACCUGGCUGCGUUUAAUGAUUUGAUAUGGGAUUAAAUGUUAAUAGGAUAUUUUCAGAGCUACUGUUGACAGAGCCCUCUAGACAUUAUAUAACUGAGAAUUUGUUUUCUAUAAAAGCCCAAAAUAUACCACUUCCACAUGCAAUGGGAGGAGGAAUUUUAUCCUCGAUUGUAUGUCCAACACUCCUACCACUUCCACAUGGAAUGGGAGGAGAACUUUUUCAAUGUUUUCACAAAUAAUACACCAUAGUCUACCAUGAAACUGCAGCCUAUAGUGACCAGAAUACUACAUGUCACUUGUAUUUCAAUAUGUUUUGACUAAUAAUACACCAUAGUCUACCAUGAAACUGCAGCCUAUAGUGACCAGAAUACUACAUGUCACUUGUAUUUCAAUAUGUUUUGACGAAUAAUACACCAUAGUCUACCAUGAAACUGCAGCCUAUAGUGACCAGAAUACUACGUCACUUGUAUUUCAAUAUGUUUUGACUAAUAAUACACCAUAGUCUACCAUGAAACUGCAGACUAGUGACUAGAAUACUACAUGUCACUUGUAUUUCAAUAUGUUUUGACUAAUAAUACACCAUAGUCUACCAUGAAACUGCAGCCUAGUGACCAGAAUACUACAUGUCACUUGUACUUCAAUAUGUUUUGACUAAUAAUACACCAUAGUCUACCAUGAAACUGCAGCCUAUAGUGACCAGAAUACUACAUGUCACUUGUAUUUCAAUAUGUUUUGACGAAUAAUACACCAUAGUCUACCAUGAAACUGCAGACUAGUGACCAGAAUACUACAUGUCACUUGUAUUUCAAUAUGUUUUGACUAGUAAUACACCAUAGUCUACCAUGAAACUGCAGACUAGUGACUAGAAUACUACAUGUCACUUGUAUUUCAAUAUGUUUUGACUAAUAAUACACCAUAGUCUACCAUGAAACUGCAGCCCAUAGUGACCAGAAUACUACAUGUCACUUGUAUUUCAAUGUUUUGACUAAUAAUACACCAUAGUCUACCAUGAAACUGCAGCCUAUAGUGACCAGAAUACUACAUGUCACUUGUAUUUCAAUGUUUUGACUAAUAAUACACCAUAGUCUACCAUGGAACUGCAGACUAGUGACUAGAAUACUACAUGUUACUUGUAUUUCAAUAUGUUUUGACUAAUAAUACACCAUAGUCUACCAUGAAACUGCAGACUAGUGACUAGAAUACUACAUGUCACUUGUAUUUCAAUAUGUUUUGACUAAUAAUACACCAUAGUCUACCAUGAAACUGCAGCCUAUAGUGACCAGAAUACUACAUGUUACUUGUAUUUCAAUAUGUUUUGACUAAUAAUACACCAUAGUCUACCAUGAAACUGCAGCCUAGUGACCAGAAUACUACGUCACUUGUAUUUCAAUAUGUUUUGACUAAUAAUACACCAUAGUCUAUAUUUAUUUAUACUAUUUAUACUACUAUUAUUUAUACUAUAUAUAGAUAUACAUUUAUACUUUUUUGUGCUUUGGUGCAAUCCCUGCACGUGACGCAUGUCUUGCAGUGACCAAGAUAGAAUACCACAUGAUUAUAGAGUACUUGGGGUGUUUCCCGGCUGACUCAAAUAUUCUUUUCCUCCGUCGGGGAAAUGCAAUCGCAGUACAACCUGGCAGUCAGAAAUCUGGGUCUUAUUAUGCCAACACAUCCCUGCAACUGUUUCAUCAUAAAACACCAUGGAAAGCAACAAAGGUCAAUAUUCAUCGUGUUUAUUCAGAGAACACAUGCAGUCAUAUUAGAAAUACAUAUCUGAGUUAUUGCCAGGAAGAUAUCUUGAAGCCGCACAUACAUUUGAUCAUCGUGGUUAAUAAACAUUUGAUAUGAAACUAGUAAAGACACUUGGCUGUGCUUGCUGCCUUAAGAACGUCGCUAUGUCGUCAGUCCAGCAAAAGUAAACAUUGGUGCAGGCCUACCUAGCUUGCUGCCUAGACGGGUUGCAGAGGAAACUAGCGAAAAGAAGUAUAAUGGUGUAAAGUGAUGGAGUGAGGUUCCUGGGUGUGGCUAUAUUAGCAUGUAGCAUUUGUAGAAUGCUCUUAGCUAGCGCUGGGAUGAGUGACAAGUGUCGUCGUGCUUCUAUUUCCACGACAAUAUUGCAGACUUGUGUUGGGAAUUAGCUCGUUAUGUGGAACCCAUUAUGUCUCUUUAGGAGGAAUGUUUUUGUAGCAUGCUCUUAGCUAGCGCUGGGAUGAGUGACAAGUGUCGUCGUGCUUCUAUUUCCACGACAAUAUUGCAGACUUGUGUUGGGAAUUAGCUCGUUAUGUGGAACCCAUUAUGUCUCUUUAGGAGGAAUGUUUUUGUAGCAUGCUCUUAGCUAGCGCUGGGAUGAGUGACAAGUGUCGUCGUGCUUCUAUUUCCACGACAAUAUUGCAGACUUGUGUUGGGAAUUAGCUCGUUAUGUGGAACCCAUUAUGUCUCUUUAGGAGGAAUGUUUUUGUAGCAUGCUCUUAGCUAGCGCUGGGAUGAGUGACAAGUGUCGUCGUGCUUCUAUUUCCACGACAAUAUUGCAGACUUGUGUUGGGAAUUAGCUCGUUAUGUGGAACCCAUUAUGUCUCUUUAGGAGGAAUGUUUUUGUAGCAUGCUCUUAGCUAGCGCUGGGAUGAGUGUCAAGUGUCGUCGUGCUUCUAUUUCCACGACAAUAUUGCAGACUUGUGUUGGGAAUUAGCUCGUUAUGUGGAACCCAUUAUGUCUCUUUAGGAGGAAUGUUUUUGUAGCAUGCUCUUAGCUAGCGCUGGGAUGAGUGACAAGUGUCGUCGUGCUUCUAUUUCCACGACAAUAUUGCAGACUUGUGUUGGGAA